AGUAUCUCGUUGCAUUCGCACGUUGAUGCAUCAUUGGUAGAAUGUUCCACUUUAAUCCGCUAAACCGAUCCGAAGUGGAGCGCUUUGAGACACCGUUCAACAAGAACUUGGUGGAAGUUUGUCUCGACGAUCUGUCGGUCAAUCCAACGGGAGAUCCUGGCUGGACUCCGGUGCACUGUGUCAUGCCGGCCAGAUAUUGGGAGUUUGCUGAGCGCAUCCGGAAUUUCACCGUGUACGAAGAUGACGUUUGGAUCGUGACCUUUCCAAAGGCGGGAACAACCUGGACCCAGGAGAUGGUGUGGUUGAUCGCCCAUGACCUUGAUUACGAAACAGCCACCAAAGUUCAUUUGACAGAACGUUCAGUAUUUCUCGAGUUGAAUACAUUUUUCACCGAUUUGGAAGUCCCGGACACGAUAUCCCUGAUCGAACAAAUGCCCCGACCUCGUCACAUCAAGUCCCACCUCCCACUUGCUUUGCUCCCCAAGCAACUGUGGACCGUCAAGCCCAAGAUCGUCUACACCGCUCGGAAUCCCACGGACGUAACCACUUCGUACAUGCAUCACUACCGGCAUCUGCACGGCUUCCAGGGAUCGCAGCAAGACUUCCUGGACGCAAUCCUGGCCGACCGACUCAACUGGUGUCCCCAGGUUAAGCAUGCCACCGAGUUUUGGCGGCUUGCGGAGAACCGUCGCGAUCACGUGCUAUUUCUACACUUUGAAGAUAUGAAGAGGAACAUGAGCGAGGUUCUUGAAAAAGUGGGAGAUUUCUUUGGGAAAUCUCUCUCGAGCGAAGAAGUUGAACGCUUGGAGAAGCAUCUCUCGUUCGAGGUCAUGAAAGAUAACAAGUUUGCCAACAAUCAGAACUUGGUGUCCUACCUUAAUGAGGCAAUGGGUCGCAAAAUACCUGAUUUUCGAUUCAUGCGUAAGGGUCAGAUUGGAUCAUACAAGGAUGAGCUACCAGAAGAAUACGUAAAUAAGUUAAAACUGUUAGUGAAAAAUGAACUGAAAGGAACUAAUUUUUCAUACAAAGAAUAA